CCCGUUCCGGCCCCGCCGCCAUGGAGCCCGUGGGCUCCUGGGGCCCCGCAGAGGUGGCCGCCUGGCUCCGAGGGCUGGAUGCAGCGGUGCAGGGGUACCCCUUCGAGGCCUGGGAGCUGGCAGGGCCUGACCUGCUGGGGCUGGAUGUGGAGGUCCUGGAGGCACUGGGUGUGUGGCCCCUGGGGCACCAGGAGCUGCUGCUGGAGGCCGUGGAGCAGCUCCGUGAGCUGGAUGCAGGGCUGGCGAGCACCAGCCUGAGGACCCUGACAGAGAGGCUGCAGGAGCUGGCACAGGGCAUCCAGAGCCUGGUGCUGGGGGGGCUGUCAGCAGGGGAUGCCCCCCAGCUGCCCUCCCUCGCCCUCCUGGCCCGAGUCAUCGACCUGGUCGGGGCUGCCAAGGGACUAUUCUCCUGGCUCAACAGGUACCUCUUCUCCACCCUCAAUGACUUCUCAGCCAGCCAGGACAUCGUCCUGCUGUGUGCCCAGCUGGCAGAGACGCUGCAGGCGGAUUGUCCCGUGGCUGAGAGGGACAGCCAGAUCCUGCGGAUUUGCCAGCACAUCGUGGGCAUCUGCGAGAGCAUCGUGGGCUGCAGCCCCCCGGCGCUGCUGGACCGCAGGGCUGUGCUGCAGCAGGUGGGGCUGGUGCUGCCCUCCGGCCCAAGGGGCAGCCCCCCGAGGUCCCCCAGCACCCCAUUGCUGCCCACAGGCCUGUGGCAGAGCCCCCCAACAUCCCCUGACUCGCCAACGCUGCCCCUCAGCCCAUGGGGGAGCCCCCCAGUGUCCCCUGACACCUUGGUGCCACCCUCUGACCCCCUGACACUCAUCACCACCCCACUGGGCUUUGAGAUCACCUCCACCAGCUCCUGCCUGCACUUCGUGUCUGCCACCACCUCAGAGGACUGGGCACCCCACUCCCACCCUGCCUCUGCCCAGGCCCUGGCUGCCCACGGGGGGCACAUCCUGCCCGGGGACGAGAUCGUGCAGGUCAAUGAGCAGGUCGUGGUGGGUUGGACGCGCAUCAACCUGGAGAAGAAGCUGCUGGAGAAGGCAAACGAGGUGACGCUGGUGCUGAAGAAGAUCCCCCUUGACCUGCACGGCUCACCCCCCUCUCCCAGACAGCGGCUCCCGGGAGCAUUUUCGGAUGCUGCAGAUUCCCCCGGCACCAGGAGUGGCGACUGCCCAGGCAGCCCCGUGUCCCUGACCUCCAGCGCCGGUGCCGACUUGGACUCCGGGCCGGACUCAGCGCCGGAUCCCGUCACUGACGAAGAGGAGGAAGAGGACGAGCAGGACCUGAGGCUGCCCGGGGCGGCCGUGGAGGAGCUGCCGGGACUGUCAGGACGGGGCGCUGCAGAGGAGGAGGAGUGGGAGAGCGGCACCCCCUUGGACACCCCUUUGGACACCCCCCUGGGCACCCCACCGGGCAACCCAAACUCUCUGGACACCUCUGCUGCCACCAGACCCUGCAGCACAGAGCUGAGCCCCACGGCAGCCCCCACCACGGGGGCUGGGGGUGCAGAGCCCUGCCAGCUCCCUGGGGAGGGCAGCCCCCAGACAGGACGCAGACCAAAAGGAGUGGCGACCAGGCUGAGCCGCCGGCGGGUCUCGUGCCGGGACCUGGGCCGGGUGGACUGCGAUGGGUGGCUCCUCAAGAAGAAGGACCACGUGGGCUUCAUGGCCCAGAAGUGGAAGCGGUGCUGGUUCGUGCUGAAGGGCCACACGCUCUACUGGUACAACCACCCCAACGAUGAGAAGGCUGCAGGACUCAUCAACGUGGCCACCUACGACCUGGAGAGCACGAGGGAGCAGAAGAAGAAAUAUGUGUUCCAGCUGUGCCACCAGAAGUACAAGCCCUUUGUCUUCGCUGCCGAAACCUUGGCUGACCUGAGCAUGUGGGUCAGUCGGCUCAUAACAGCCAAAACAAAGUACACACUCGCCCACCAGUCGGUCCCAGACAAGGAGGAAGACUGCUACAGCGAGACGGAGGCUGAGGACCCUGAUGACGAGUCCCCCAGGCACGGAUGUGACUCGCCGAGGAAGAGGCUGCAGAGCCCCCAGGAGAAAGCCCAGCUCUCCCCGGCCAGCGGCGAGUCCAGCAGCCCCCAGGGCAGCCCCCGGCCCUGCUCCCCCAUGGACCCCGCCGGGGAGGACCUGGAGAGCCUGAUGCGGUGCCUGAAGCAGGGGGGGGUGUCCCUCAUCGGGCAGCGGCGGUUCCUGACGCAGGAGCAUCAGAAGAGCAAGUUCUUGGAGACUGACUGGAAAACACCCACAUUGUCCAUGAAGUCCCAGAGCCGCGUCAGUCGCUGUCCGAGUGUGGCCGACAGUGGGGAUGGGGGCAUUGGGACCUCCUGCUCGGACAGCACGGAAGAUUUUUGCAAUUCCAGUAACGGUUCCUCAUUCCACCCCAUCAAAACCCAGGUGACCAUUCCAACAGCCCACGUUAUGCCUUCCACGCUGGGUGCCUCACCCUCCAAGCUGUGCUCUGCAGGAGACCAGGGCUGUUCCCAGCACACUUCAAAGGCUGCUGUGCCAGGAUCUGCCUCUGAACACUCAGGGCUCACGAGGAACGGGGAUUUUAACUCUGGGAAGUCAUCUCAGGUGCCACCCAGGGAUCUCCUGCGGCUCUACGGGACUUCAGGGGAAAAUGGCUUUGAGCAACCCUGGCCUCCUGCUGCUGAUCCCAUGAGAACAGAAGACCCUUGGAAGUUUGACACCCCUGCCAUGGAGCGCACCCUGAACCAGUCUCUCUUUCUGGACAGUUUGUGUGCUGACCCUCAGCACAGGUUCCAGAAGCUCAGUCCAAACCCUGAGGCAGGGAAGGAUCGUUUUAAGGUGCUGCCAGAGAGCAAACAAGGGGCAGGGCCCAACGGGGUCUGUGAGCCCCGGGACGGGACGUGGCCGAGCGGGAGCAGAGCGAUGCCAACGGGACUCCAGGCCAACAAUUUCUUCUCAAAACCUGUAGUGACUCCUCCAUCCCGAGCAUGGGUGCCAGAAGGAUGCACCCUCCAUCCACACAAGGGGGUCUGUGAGCUCAAUGCUUGGAAACAGCAGCUGGACAAAGUGCGACUGCAGGUGGAGCAGAUGCAGUUACAAAAUGGAGGCACCUGCCCCCAUUCCUCGAUGUACUCUCCAUCACUGCCUCCACCUGAUCCAGCCCAGUGGAUCAAUAUCCUGAACUCCAAUGAAAACCUACUCAAGGAGAAAGAGCUCCUCAUUGACAGACAAAGGCAGCACAUAUCCCAGUUGGAGCAGAAGGUCCGGGAAAGUGAGCUGCAGGUUCACAGUGCCCUGCUGGGCUGUCCAGCAUCCUAUGGAGAUGUCUACAUGCUUAGAAUGCAGGAGCUGCAGAGGGAGAACACAUUCCUUCGAGCACAGUUCACAGAGAAGACUGAGUCCCUCAGUAAGGAGAACAUUGAGCUGGAGAGGAAGCUGGCUGCUGCAGAGGUGGAUGUGAAGCUGGCCCGGGAGUCGCUGAAGGAAGCUGUGCAGAAACAUGCAGAGGAGUUAAAGAAACAGGAAGAAAGGGUAAAGGGAAGAGACAAACACAUUAGUAACCUUAAAAAGAAAUGCCAGAAGGAAUCUGAACAGAGCAGAGAGAGACAGCAGAGAAUUGAGACCCUGGAACGAUACCUGGCUGAUCUGCCCACCCUUGAGGAGCACCAGAAACAGAGUCAGAAGCUGAAGGAUUCUGAACUGAAGAGCACUGCUCUGCAGGAAACAGUGCUGGCACUGGAAACAGAGCUUGGAGACAUCCAGGCUGCUCUCAGGGAGCAAGAGAUGCAGCUGGAAACCCAAAAACACAAGGAGAUGGAGCUUCUUUCCACUGUACGCAGCUUGCAGGAUAAGCUGCAGCAGUGUGUAAAGAAUGCAGAGAGAGGACCCACUGCCCAGGAUGGGGAGAGAAAGAAAAUGGAACAUGACUCUCUGAAGAAAGAAUGCGACUGCCUCAAGAAGAUCGUGGACAAAAAGCAGAAGAAGAUGGAGCAGUUAUCCUUGCAAGUAAAGAACCUGGAAGAACAGGUGGCUCAGGAAGAGGGGACAAGCCAAGCUCUGAAAGAGGAGGCGAUGAGAAGGGAAAACGCACUGCAGCAGCUCCGGGCUGCUGUGAAAGAGCUCUCUGUGCAGAACCAGGAUCUGAUCGAGAAGAACCUGACGCUGCAGGAGCGGCUCCGCCAGGCCGAGCUGACAGCCCAGCCCCUGCCCCCUGACACAGCCCGCCUCACCCAGGAGCUGCACGGGGAGCUGGCCAUCUGUCUGCAGGAUUUACAGUCUGUCUACAGCAUUGUCACUCAGAGGGCUCAGGGCAAGGACCCCAACCUCUCUCUGCUCCUGGGCAUUCACUCUGUGCAACACCCUGUGAAGGAGAAGGAAGACUUGCUGAGCCCUGAUGGACUUGCAAAGAAAGUGGUGGAGGUAAAACAGCUUCACAAAGAGGUGGAGGAGUUAAGGACUGCGAUAUCUGACAGAUAUGCUCAGGAUAUGGGAGACAACUGCAUCACCCAGUAAAGAGCACUCCCCAAAGUAAGACAGGAAAUGAAGACUUGAAACCCUCAGGAGUCUUGAGCUCCUACAACCCUAAACCUAUUCAGCACUUUACCAUCCCUCUGCUCGGGUACCAGAGAUGUGACUUAUCUGAUCUGUGAGGGAUCAGGGGGUUUGUUGCCAGAAGUGUUCAGCUGCUGACUGGAAUCGUUCAGGGCUUUGGUGUUGGGCUUUGCAGUAGCUUUGAUCUUGUGGAAUGUGUUUUAUGCUGUGUUUGCUGGAGCUGGUGUGGUCUCUGACGCUGGGAGGCUGAAUUCUGACUUGCCUUCCAGGCAUGUCAAAUGCUGAACAUGCAAAUGUGACAGUUGAAAUCAUCACUAAAAGGAAAUGUAUGCCCUGGUAUUUCUGAUAACUUCCCUGUGCAGGUCCUGUGUGACUUGUGAGACCAGAGGAUUCUUGGAGUGUUCAGAGGAUACCUGGAUUUCGUAGGCAGGCAGGUGUGCCAGGUAUAUUGCUGGUAUUUACACUGAGGUGCUACUGGCUUGGAUUUAUGGAGCAGGACCUGCUUUCCUCAGGUAAAUGCAACCAGAGUCUUUCAGUAGCCAGCAUGAGUUGGAAAUCAAAGCAACACUAAAAGACUCUGGAAACGCUCCCCCUGGGCACUGUUACCCCAGAAGCCUUAAGCCUUUUGUCCCCCCCAAAAUAGCACUGGGAGCUGGGUGUGAUUCAGACUGUGGAGGAAAUGGCUUGAUGCUGAAGUGCCUUAAUGUGCUGGAGAAACCCUCUGCCCCCACUGUGCUUCGUGCCUAAUGCAUCUGCUGGCAGGUGAGGAGCUGCUGUUCCUUCUCACAGCCUUUCAGAGCCAUCCCAAACAAUCCUGGGAGGCCCUGAAUGUCUGUGGCCCCUGCCAGAGCUUCCAAGAGCCUCUGUGCCCCUGGGGACACACCUCUGGCUUGGCUCUCUGCUGCUUGACUGGGAGAAAGCCACACUGGUCCUAAUGUGGGGGGAUGACACAGAGAGCUCUUCCUGCAAGGCAGUGGCCACUCGAGCUCUGUUGUAGCCCUGCUCCUCUGCAAGUAAUGGGAUUUCUACAUAAAUCAGUGAGGGAUAAGUUUCACUGCACCACAACCCCCCUAAACCAUAGUGACAACUUUACAGUACCGAGCCCUGGCUUGUGACAACGCUGUGGCGCUGAGGGUGGAACUUUGUUUGUUUUCAGCUUGAGUUAAGAGCAAGAUACUAAGCUGUAACAGGGAAAAAUCCUCCUGAAACUUGUGCUGUUAGGUUGUUUUUGGUUCACGUUGGGGCUGCGAGCCCUGGGUUUGGCAGAAAUGCUUUUUUGUUAUUCCUUUGUGUUAAAUUUUAAGACCAAAUCUGUUUUGUUUUUAGUGUUUGGCCACCACGGGUGGUGGUGGCAACGAAAUUGGUUGGUUUGUCCUGAGCUGCUCUCCCUGUGUCUGGUGUGUUACGUGUCUGGCUGUGUCUGUCCCCAGGCUGCUGGUGCCAUGUACUGAGGGAGCACAUUUCCAAGGCUAUUCCUUGAAGCCGUUUGUCCUGUCUGCCAGGAGCUCUGCUGUCUCCUGCAGGUUCUCAGGGUGCUGUUGAGCACCAUCCCCUUUCCCCCCUUUGCUUUGGGGUGCAAGAUCUAGUUCCCAGGUGCUGUGUGAGGACAUGUUUGCCCUCUGCCCCUGCAGAGCUGGUUGUGAGAUGAGAUUGUGGCUGAAACCACCUCGGCUGAUGCUUUUGGAGCAUCACCCUUGGCCAUGUGCCUGCAGUUGGGCUGCCCUGGUCGUGUGUUCCCCUCCAUGGGGACGUGUCCCCUCAUCAUCCUCCUGCACAGCUGAGCUCAUUUGGCUCAGAGGGUGAUCCCAAGUGCCCUUUGCUGCUGGUGCACAGGAAAUCUUGGACCCUUCACUCCUGAACACCCCAGGCCAGGGGGGGGGCAGGAUGGCGUUCCUGCCCUGUCCCACCUUCCUGCCCCAUCCCCUCCCCCGGUUCCCCACUGCCCGGUCCCGUUGGGCUCAGUGUGUUUGUACCAGCCUGUGUCUUGUUGCUUGUUUGUACCGAAUAUUUUGAUUAUAAAAUAAAGCUGCUCUGACCCACC